AUAUCGUCUGCUUAUUGGUCUCUUGACUGGGGCGCGCGAUGGUACGUUCAUUUUCUGCGUCCGUGUUUCUCACUUCCGCUUGUAAGGGUUUGCGGGUCGAAGAAGCGUUUGUUAACAACAGCCCAGGACCCAUGUACUUCAUCUAAACAGCCUGUAAACUUCGCAGAAUUGGUAGUGAAGACUCCCACUGGGAUUUUUCCAGAUGAGUUUCCUCUUGCCCAAACUGACUAGCAAGAAAGAAGUGGACCAGGCCAUCAAAAGCACUGCGGAGAAGGUGUUGGUUCUCAGGUUUGGGAGGGAUGAGGACCCUGUCUGUCUGCAGCUGGAUGACAUUCUCUCAAAGACUUCUGCUGACCUCAGUAAGAUGGCGGCUAUUUACCUGGUAGAUGUGGACCACACUCCGGUUUACACGCAGUAUUUUGACAUCAGUUAUAUUCCCUCUACUGUGUUUUUCUUCAAUGGGCAGCACAUGAAAGUGGAUUAUGGGUCUCCGGAUCACACUAAAUUUGUAGGAAGCUUCAAAACCAAACAAGACUUCGUGGAUUUGAUUGAAGUCAUCUACCGGGGAGCAAUGAGGGGAAAACUUAUUGUCCAGAGUCCUAUUGAUCCCAAGAAUAUCCCCAAAUAUGACCUCCUCUAUCAAGACAUUUAGCACACUCAUGGUCGCUGGAGAUGAAAGAGUCAUGGGUGGAAACAAGACCUGAACCCAGAGGGCCUAUGGUCUGGAGUCCCUCAAAGAUGUGGUCAGUGCCCCAGCGAAGAGGUCUGAUGUGCCUGUAAUCAAUGGCCCCUGUGCAGAAGCCCCAGUGCCCAAAAACUCCAGAUGUCUGAGUGUCCGUUCCCUGAGAGCCUUGGAGCAGACAGGACAGUGUUCAGUGUCUUUGUAAGUUCCCUUUACCUGGACCUGUCUUUACCCUUAAGGUCAUCCAUCAUCCUAGACACUGUGAGAACAGUUUAAUGGGCAUGUUUGUGCACACACGCAACCCUUCCCCUCACCUCCAUUCCCUUGCCCCUUUUGCUCCCUCCUGUCCCAGCUUCUCUUGAAAUAAUUAGCAUUCUAUUAGUUGUAGGUGAAUUCUUUUGUUUCAGGGACCGUCCUGGCAUGGACCGAGAGCACUGCCCUGGUCCUGCUCAUUUAUAGCUGGCAGGCCACUAAAUUGACAAGAGGAAAAGGUGGCCCUUCACCAUCCGGCACAAUUUAAGCUAAACAACAAGUUUACUUCCUUGGGAAGUAAAGGACGGAGCUCUUAUUUCAAGGACUCAAGACCAAAGGUAUACCAAAAUUGUUAAGGGGGAAUGCCUGUGGGGUUUGCUGAUCCCAGUGGCUUAUGAAGAACAGCUGAGCUUCCAGGGUUCCCCGGCCCAAGCUCAGGAAGCUUGUGUUUCUCUUAAACCUCUGGUGGUGGUGGUUCCUGACACUCUGGAAUGAGAGAGUAGAUACAGAUCUAGAGGUCCAUGGCCAAGCAGCUUGAGACCUGCUGGGUAGCCAGAGACGCUGCCAGCAGAGGCCCAGGCUUGUCCCAGCGGCACUGUCACCUCAGGGCCAGCCCUGUGGUCAGCUCCUUCUUUCUAAGCUUGUCCUUCGGGGAAAGGGGAAAAGUGAAAUGGGACCCAGUUUUGAUGAUUGUGGCACAGAAAGGUUGUCUGAGCCACUUCAGGGAGGGAGAAGAGUACUUUCCCAUCCUCUUCCUCUACAUAGAGGGCUAUGGAAGCCACCCCGGCUCAGUGUGUGCAUAGAUGAGCCAGACCCUAAUGUUACUGAACUCCAGGUGAACUCUAACCCUUCCUCCACAUCCCUAUGAAAAAAUAAAAUUCUUUUGUCCAA